CACAGGCUCCAAUCACUCGUCGUCAGCCAUGUUGUUGGUGUGACACACCGAGCUGUCAGCAACAGGUUCUCUUGAGCAGAAACGUUAACAAACUUAACAUAUCUCCUGAAAACGGCAGCUCUCCGCGGAUACUAAACUUUGAGAGCGUGUGUGGGAAACCGUCCAGAAGUGGUGGCUCGUCAUUUGCGGCCUCUCGAAAGCUCAGAAGUUGAUGUUUUUGAACCGUAGCGGUGAGAGAGAUGGCUGUGAACAGUAGCUGAGGACGUCACUGGGAGUUCUCCACCUGCGAAAAUGAAUGGUGGUCCAAGUGUGUGGGCAAUCUCCCCAGAGGAGAGGGACAAACAUGAUCAGAUGUUUGACUCCCUCUCCCCAACGAUGGGCUACGUCACAGGAGACCAGGCAAAGAGGUUUUUCCUUCAGUCAGGGCUGCCUGCAUCAGUGUUGGCUGAUAUAUGGAGCCUGGCCGAUAUGAAUAAAGAUGGAAAGAUGGACCGGCUGGAGUUUUCUGUUGCUAUGAAGCUUAUAAAGCUAAAACUUACGGGUACACCACUUCCCUCAUCGCUUCCAAUCAUCAUGAAGCAGCCUCCAGUGCGUGCUCCCACCAUGAACAACCCCACCAACCCUGCCUAUGGAAUUGGCUCUAUGGUGCAUGGAACAAACCUUGCCAUGUUGACUCCUAUGGCCGUGUCACCUAUGACACCAAUGACGGGCCUCAGCCCAAUGGUUCCUUCAUCAUCAGGAAUGAACCCACUAAUGAUGUCCACUGCCCCCACGCCCCUGGUUCCAAUUAUGGGAAAUACCACAGUACCAAAUGGCACCAUGGGUCUCCUCCAGCCAAUUUCUUCUGGAGGUUUGAAUACUGGCCUACCUCUAUCUGCGACCUCUUACGCCUCUCCGCUUGGACGCGCCUCUUCGCCUGCUGGUAUAAACAUGGCCCCAACACUGCUAGACCUGGGAUCUGGCAGCUCCGGUUCUUCAACCCCAUCUGUGAUGUCCCCCAUGAAUGCUGUUCCCAGUGACUGGGCUGUGCCACAUGCUUCCAGACUUAAAUACAGACAGCAGUUCAACAGCUUGGAUAAACAGAUGAUUGGAUACCUCACUGGUCUGCAGGUGAAGGGUGUGAUGGAAAGUACGAUGCUGACAAAAAUACAACUGGCCUCCAUCUGGAAUUUAGCAGAUGUGGAUAAAGAUGGCAAGCUACAAGCGGAGGAGUUUAUUCUGGCAAUGCACCUCGUGGAUUUGGCAAAGAGUGGUCAACCACUGCCAUUAACACUGCCAACUGAGCUGGUACCACCCUCACAGAGGAGUGCCACGAAUGGCCUCAGCUCUUCCCUGAUUGAUAACUUGGAAAUUGAACCGCCACAGAAACCAAAAAUGAACAUAUCAUUUGAAGAUAAAUUCAAAGCAAACUUGGAACGAGGGAAUGCAGAGUUGGAGAAAAGACGACAGGCCCUACUGGACGCUGAGAGGAGGGAGCAGGAGCGGCGUGCUCAGAAAGAGAAAGAAGAGCGAGAGAAGAGAGAGAAAGAGGCUUGGGAGGCUGAGGAGAGAAGGAGGAAAGAGGAGGAGAGGAGGCUCGAGCUCCAAAGAGAGCUGGAGAGACAGAAAGAGGAAGAACGGCAGAGGGAGAUGGAGAGAAAAGAGGCUGCACAGCGGGAGCUCGAGCGUCAGAGAAAAGAGGAGUGGGAGAGGAGGAGGAAAGGAGAGCUCCAGUUAAAGAAGGAACAAGAGCAGGAUGAAAUCACCAAACUGAAAGCUAAGAAGAGGAGCCUGGAGUUGGAGUUGGAGGCAGUGGGUGACAAGCACCGUCAGAUCUCGGACCGCCUGCGUGACUUUCAGAACAAGAAAAAACUUCAGAAGACUGAGCUUGAUCUUAACAAUCAAAGGAAGGAGGCACGUCAGCAGGAUAUUAACAAUCUGCAGAAACAAAUUGAGGAGUUCCAGAGAAAGUUGUCCCACUUGACUCCGGAGCAGAAAAGACUGACUGAAAAGCUGAAAAAUAUGUCUCUGAAUAACCUGCCUGCAUCGACAGUGUCCACCCUAAAAGUGAGCAUGACGGAGAAAAAAGGGACGUGUAUGAAACUGCGAGAACAGCUUGAAGUUCUGGAGAAAGAGACGGCUGCCAAACUAGCAGAAAUGGACCAGUAUAACAAAGACAUGCAGGAACUGAGAGAGAGCCAAAGAAAUCAGCAGGCUGCACUGGAGAAACUGCGCAGCAUAAAAGAAGACAAACAGCGUGAACUCAUGCGAAAGAAGGAGCAAGAAGAGGAGAUGAGGAGGAAGGAAGAAGAGAGGAAACGACAAGAGGAGGAAAGGAGGCGCAGGGAGGAAGAGGAAGAAGCUCAGAGGCGUAUUAGGAUGGAAAGGGAGCGUCAGAGAAAGCUUCAGGAAGAGAGGGAGGCCAAACAGAGGGAAGAGGAGGAGAGACAGAGACAGGCUCUCAUCCAGGCUGCCAAGGAGCAGGCAGAACGAGAGCUCAGAGCAAGGGAGGAGGCAGAGCGGAGAAAACGAGAGGAAGAGGAGAGAAGGAAAAGAGAAGAAGAAGAGCGCCAGCGCCAAGCAGAGAGGCGGAGGCAGGAGGAGGAGAGGCGAAAGCUGGAGGAGGAGAAGAGGAAGCUAGAAGAAGAGAGGAGAAAACUGGAGGAGGAGAGGAGGCAAGAGGAGAAGAGAAGGAGAGAAGAGGAGGAACGACGCAGAAGGGAGGAGGAGGAGAGGAAGAGGUUAGAGGAGGAGCGGAAAAGGUUAGAAGAGGUGCGAAGGGAAGAGGAGCGCCGAAGGGAGAGAGAGGAGGAGGAGAGGAGAAGACAGAGGGCUGCUGAAGCAGCUUUCCGAGACGCAGAGGAAAGGCGAAAGCAGGAGGAGGAGGAGAAGAGGAAGCGGGAAGAAGAGAGGAGAAGGCUUCAUCAGCAGCAAGAGGAGGAGAGGAAGAGGCGUGAGGAGGAGAGAAAAAGGGCAGAAGAGGAGAGGAAGAGAAAGGAGGAGGAAGAAAAGAGGAGGAAAGCUGAAGAGGAGAGAAAGCGGAAGGAGGAGGCGUCUCGUCAGCAGAAGCAGCAGCAGCAACCACCUAAAACAGGAGGGAAGAUUGAUAUUCAAGCUCUGCUGAGAGGGCUGGAGGAGCGGAAAGGCGGGCAGCCGAGGGCCAAGCAGCACAGGAAGUCAGCAUCACUCACAUCCUUCAAAGCAGUCUACCCAUUUACUGCACGAAACAACGAAGAGCUCAGCCUGGAAACAGAUGACAUCAUCGAGGUUGAUGAGACGACAGAGCGAGAGGAAGGCUGGCUGUAUGGCAGCAAGCAGGGGACGAUGGGCUGGUUCCCAGAGAGCUACGUCGAGAGAGUGGGCCCAUCGAAUACAGCUGAUAGCACUGCUCCUGCUCCUCCUGCUAAACUACCGCUGCAGUCACAGCUUAGUAAUGCUCUUAAGGCUGCCAAAGUGUCCGGGACAAAAUCCGCCUUCACACCAACACAUUCUCCAAACCCUGCAACUUCUGAGAGUCAGGAACAGCGGGUGGUGGGUACCCUGUUAGCCCAGGCGCUCUGUUCCUGGACAGCAAAGACAGAUAGUCAUCUGAACUUUAAUAAGGACGAUGUGAUUCAGGUAUUGGAGCAGCAGGAGAACUGGUGGCUGGGAAAACUGAACGACGAACAGGGCUGGUUCCCCAAAACAUAUGUGAAACCUAUUGGAGAAGAUGAGGGUUCAAAUGUGAAGAGCUCCUCUGCUGAUGCUCCUGAUGGGGAUAGCCUGCAGCUUGAAGAAUUUGUGGCCUUGUACACCUACGAGUCUCCACAGUCCGGUGAUCUGACAUUCAAAGAGGGAGAUGUGAUCCUGGUGAGCAAGAGAGAUGGAGAGUGGUGGAACGGCUCGAUAGGAAACCGCACGGGCGUCUUCCCCAGCAACUACGUCAAACCUAAAGAGACAGAUACAUCGAGCACAUCUGGAAAGAAAAAGCAAGAGGUCGCUCAGGUUACUAGGCCUCACGCUUCUACUGGUCCUGAGCAGCUGAAUCUGGAAAAUGGCCAGCUCAUCCUCAUCCUCAGCAAGGAUGUCUCAGGCUGGUGGCUUGGUGAACUGCAGGCUCGUGGUAAAAAGCGUCAGAAGGGCUGGUUCCCUGCUACUCAUGUUAAAGUACUGGAAUCCAGCAGUGGCAAGUCCACACCAGCACCUCAACCAGUCUGCCAGGUGAUCGCCAUAUAUGAUUACACAGCCGCCAAUGGGGAAGAGAUGGGCUUCUCUAAAGGGCAACUGAUCAACGUUUUAGACAAGAGUAACCCUGACUGGUGGAAAGGAGAAUCCAACGGGGUUACUGGAUUGUUCCCCACCAAUUAUGUUCAGAUGACCACGGCGGACGUUGACCCCAGUCAGCAGUGGUGUGCGGACUUGAACAGCCUGGAUUCACUGAGCCCUCAAGAGAAGAAGAGGCAAGGUUACAUCCAUGAGCUGAUAGAAACUGAGGAAAAAUAUGUGGAAGAUUUGCAGAUAGUGCUGGAGGUUUUCUGCAAGCCCAUGUCUGCGUCGGGCCGGCUGAAUGAGUCAGAGAUGAGCAUGAUUUUUGUCAACUGGAAGGAACUGCUGGCCUGCAACUCAAAAUUUGUCAAGGCGCUCCGCGUUCGUAAGAAGACGGGUGGAGAGAACAAUCCAGUGGGGAUGAUUGGAGAUAUCCUGGCUGCCGAGCUGUCCCACAUGCAGCCCUACAUCCGUUUCUGCUCAUCCCAGUUCAACGGCGCCACACUGCUGCAGACUCGCACUGACAAUGAUUCAGACUUUAAGGACUUCAUGAGGAAAAUCGCCACAGACUACAGGUGUAAAGGAAUGCCGCUGUCCAGCUUCCUGCUGAAACCAAUGCAGAGGAUCACUCGCUACCCACUGCACAUCAAAAACAUCCUGGAGUGCACUGCAGAGGGUCAUGCUGACCGAGGUCCUUUGAAAGAGGCGCUGGAGAGGGCGGAGGAGCUCUGUAAACAGGUGAACGAGGGUGUAAGAGAGAAGGAGAACUCCGACAGACUGGAGUGGAUUCAGAGCCACGUUAAUUGUGACGGUCCUGUCGAGCAUUUGGUCUUUAAUUCCCUUACCAACUGUUUGGGCCCCAGAAAACUGCUCCACAGCGGCAAGUUGUACAAGGCAAAGAGCAGCAAGGAACUCUGGGCUUUCCUCUUCAACGACUUCCUGCUUUUAACGUACGCGGCUAAACAGUUCACCUCAUCUGGACCUGAUAAACUGUUCAGCAACAAGAAUAACGUACAGCUAAAGAUCUACAAACCACCCGUCCUCCUGAACGAAGCUCUGGUCAAGCUUCCAGAUCCUUCCAGCGAUGAGCCCAUCUUCCACAUCUCACACAUUGACAAAGUCUACAUGCUCAGAACAGACAACAUUAAUGAACGGACGGCGUGGGUUCAGAAGAUUAAGGUGGCGUCUGAGGAAUUUAUUGAGACUGAAAAGAAAAAAAGGGACAAGGUUUAUCAAGCACGCUCUAUGAAAGGCAGUGGAAUCGGCAGACUGCUCGUCACCAUCCUAGAAGCCACUGAACUCAAGGCAGCAAAACCCAACGGUAAAAGUAACCCUUACUGUGAAGUGACCAUGGGAGCUCAGAUCUUCACAUCCAGAGUAAUCAACGACACCCUGAACCCCAAAUGGAACUUCAACUGUCAGUUUCACAUCAAAGACAUCUACCAGGACGUCCUCUGCAUUGCCAUCAACGAAAAAGACCAGUUUUCACCAGACGAGUUCCUGGGCCGGACCGAGGUUCCAGUGGCGACCAUAAAGAAAGAGUUCGAGAACAAGGGACCAGCGACGCGUCGGCUUCUGCUGCACGAGGUCCCAACAGGGGAAGUGUGGGUCCAGCUCGACCUACAGCUCUAUGGACACAAGUAGCCGCAAAGGAAGAACUGAAACAAGAAACUACAUCCUCUGUAGAGACUUUCAAAUAAGAACAGUUAACCAAAUUUUAAAAGGCUGCUUGUUUUCACAUUAACAAACUAAGACGGUUUCUCCUCUAAGCUGUAAGGAGAGACGGUCUCAUUCAUCAAGCCUUAAUUAAUUUAAUAUUAACCAGCAGUAAUAAUACCUCUUCUGAUGUCAUCCAAGUCCUGCAGUAGAGAUGGCCUUUCAACAAUUCAAGCCACGAAAUAGGAAUUGGAGCUCAUCUUUUGUUCCUCGGGAUGACUUUAGAUGGAAAGGGAAACUUGUUCACCUGCUCAGUAUGGAGACUUGGUGUGUCCCACAGUUGAAUGCGAGUCCUAUGUAAAAUUUACAACCUUCAGAUGGAGUUAGGACCAGACAAAAGCUGCUGAGAAGCAGAUAAUUCAAAGCAAUAAAACUACAUGUGCUCUCCUUUAGACUCUCAGAGCUCUGUAUCUCAGUCGGUUUUUAUUAAGUAUUCACUUUGCCAAGUCUGCUCAGCCGAGGCCAUUAAACGAGACACUGAACUAACUAGUGUUUUAUCUUAACUGUCAAGAGAUACAAGUUGACUCUUUAUAUUAUUUUCUUCUUCUUUUUUUCUGAGGAGAUCAUGACUGACUGCUUUUUAGAGACUUUGCUGGCCUGCUUUGUGGCUGUCGCCAAUCAUAAACUGUCUGGGCUCACUUCUCACAGUGACAUCAGAGACAGUAGAUGGCAAAUGAUGGACAGUGACAGCUUGGAGAAUAAGUCUGUAGAGCUGGUCUGAAGUCAGUUUACUACUGUAGAUCUCAGGAUACGUUGUUCUGGGUUGAGUCUGUGUCACUGUAGCAACACUGAACACUCGUUUUGUUGUUUUGUGUGUAUGUUGGGAUUCGUGAGUACAUAUCUUUGGAGAAUAGAAGUAUAACGAUAGAGAAGCGAACAGAUCCUGCAACUUUGGGAGGAUACAACUUCUUGCCUUAAUAAAAGUCAUUUUUGACCUUUUUUUUAAAUAUAUGAUUAAAAUAAUUUACUCUUCAUUGGGAUGAUGCUGGGCUUGACUGUAGACUAUUUUUGCUUUUUCUUUAACGUGUGAAAUCAGCUACGGCCGAGUAAUUUCAAGUGAGUUUAAGAUGAUUAAGGUGAGAGUUUUGUGUUUUUAUGCAAACAGUUUUGAUGGCGUUAACUUUUUGAAGUAACUCAGAUCGAGAGCAAUAACAAACAGUAUUUUCCCACUUGUAUUUUUUUAUGCUUUUUCAAACUGCCGACACAUUUUAAGGCUCACCCCUCUCGUCCCUGCCUGCUUACAGUAAUAUUGUGACCUCAAAAAGUUAAAGUUGGCGCGUACGAACGUCAGCCAUGAAGACGCUACAAAGAUAAAGGGUGUAAAAGCUGCGUAUUUGUGUUGUUGUUGUUUUUACUCUUACUCGGUGUGCUCAGAUUAUUUUCUAACUCUGCAUUUAAACGAAAUGUGUUGUAUUUAUUUCUUAAUUUAUGCGUGUGACUAUCCAAAGUUUAGAGCGCCUUUCUGUUUCAUCGUGGAGAAUCGGUCGGUAAUCGCUGAGUUUGUUUUGUGAGAAAGCCGGCUCAGUAUCUUAAGACUUUCCACACAUGAACUUCUGAGUCCAGUCAGAAUAUUUUCCACAGACUUCCUUUCUCACAUGUAGCACACAGCAGGAAAUGGUCUGCUUCAGAUGCAUUCGCACUACUGGAAAUGUGGAAAUGUUCCUUUUGGGUCAGAGGUGCAAACUUCAGUCCAGCGUCACAUAGACUUUUUACUUGGGAGCACACAAGAAAAGUAAAGACGAGCUAACGUCUGAUCCGACUGCAUCAGAUAUUUGUGUUGUUCAUUCACCUCUGCUGGGUGAUGUCUAGACGUCCAGCGCUGAAGUGCAUGUGUGGAAAUGGAUUCAUAUACAUUUUUUCCCCCUUGAUUGAGUUUUACUGUAAGGAGACGAAGUUGUUCAUUGUUUUCUUAGGUCUGAUAUUUUGUGCUCUUGUACUCCACUGAGUUGCCCUUAUUUUUUAAUCAACGAGGUUGUUUUUAAGUCUUGUUGUUAACUCCUGUUCUUUUUUUUCUUUUUCUUUUUUAAUUUGUGGAAGGUGUGAGACUUCCUCGUCUGCGUAGGGCUGUGAAAGCUUGUUUUCCUCUUUCAUUUUCAGCCUCCUGCACUGACUGCUGAGUUUAUGACCUCUCUAACCCUGACUUGCCUGUUCACAGCUGACCGGAUUCUGUAACCUGCUGUUUGUACUCACCUUGGCCUUUAUAUGGCACUCGCUGUAUCAGGGUUUCUUAAAGCAAAUUAAAGAUAUUAAAAGUGA